ACAAGCUUCGCCAGGCUUUCGCCAUGAGCUUUUCGUGGUGCUUGAAUUUUGCGCUGUGCUCCACAGUCAGCACAUCACUAGGCGAUUGUAUAUGAUCCCACAAGGCCACACAUUCGUGAAAAGAAACUGAACGAUCGCAUCGAGCAUAUUUGAAAGAGCCGAAAUCGACGAAAUGGCGACCAGCGACGCCGAAAAAGGACCCUACAAUCACGACGGCUCACCAGCGUCCCUCGAGCAGACUCACUCCCACGAUGUCCUCGUUAAUGAAGACCGUUUGCGUCGCUCCCUCUCGGCACGACAGGUGCAAAUGAUUGCCAUCGGCGGCACAAUCGGUACUGGUCUCUUUCUCGGCACUGGCAAGGCCCUCGCGACAGGCGGUCCGGCAUCUCUCCUCAUCUGCUAUAGUAUUGUCGGCGCCAUCGUGUACAGCACAAUGCUUGCUCUCGGCGAGAUGGCAGCUUUUGUGCCAGUUGCAGGAUCGUUUUGCACCUUCGCUGGUCGCUAUGUGGACGAUGCGUUUGGGUUUGCAUUGACUUGGAAUUACUGGUUCAAUGAUGCCGUGAGUACUGCAGCGGAUCUAGUUGCGCUGCAGUUGCUCAUGCAGUACUGGACGGACGUAUUUCCAUGGUAUGCGCUGGGAAUUAUUGUUUGGGUUUUGAUCGUCCUCGCGAACGUGAUCAACGUGCGAGCGUAUGGUGAGCUGGAGUACUGGCUCAGUCUGCUGAAGGUGGUGACGAUCAUCAUCUUCAUCAUCCUGAGUAUUGCAGUCAAUGCUGGCGGAAACACCGGGUAUGGGUACAUCGGCGGCAAAUUCUGGAUGCAGGGCGACGCGCCGUUCGUUAAAGGCAUUGGAGGAUUCGCAUCUGUCUUCGUGACAGCAUCGUUCGCGUAUGGAGGCACAGAGUCUAUCGCUAUUACAGCCGGCGAAACGAAAGACCCAGCAAGGACACUUCCGAAGGUGGUCAGGAAUGUUUUCUGGAGAAUUCUCCUGUUCUACAUUCUGUCAGCACUGAUGAUUGGGUUAAACAUCCCUUACGACUACCCUAGCCUGAGCACGAAGUCGAGUCGCACAUCGCCGUUCACUAUCGCCUUCCAGAUGGCGGGUUCGAAAGCGGCGGGAUCUUUUGUCAAUGCAGUCGUCCUUACCAGUGUGAUCUCUGCUGGAAACCACGCUCUCUAUGCCGGGUCGCGACUACUGUACACGCUGGGAGUCAACGGCCACGCACCGAAGGUCUUCACGCGGCUGACGCGCUACCAGAUCCCCUGGGUCGCAGUGCUCACUACCAGCUUGGUUUCCAUCGUACUUUUCUCACUGUCCUUCGCAGGAUCUGGCCAGGUCUGGACAUGGCUGCAAAACAUUGUUGGCGUAUCCAACCAAUUGAGCUGGGUCUGCAUCGGCAUCGCCUCGCUGCGUUUCCGCGCUGGGCUCAAGGCUCAAGGCAAGGAGCAUCUGUUGCCGUUCAGGAAUUGGACAUAUCCAGUUGGACCAAUCCUCUGCAUUGUGUUCAAUACCUUCAUCAUUCUGGUACAGGGCUGGACGGCCUUCAGCCCGAGCUUUGGCGCGGUAGAUUUCGUCAGCUUCUACCUUGAGCUGCCGGUCUUUGUAGCCAUGAUCAUACUGUGGAAGUUGAUCAAGAGGACAAAGUUCAGGAGAGCGCAUGAAAUGGAUCUCGAGACCGAUGUAUACACAAAGGAGGAUAUGGAGCCGGAGCAGAAGGGCUGGAAAGGAACGGGAAAGCGCAUCGGCACCUGGUUCUGCUUCUAGAGCAUACGCUGCACUUGCAGCCUGGCAAACACAGAUAAUGUCCAUCCCUACGUGCCGGGACACCCGGUGUAACGGGAUAGGUUCGCACAUUUACAGGCCUGUGAUUGACAUGUAACGUUCUUCAUCCAACUACCCUCCAGCUCAUCAGCCUCCAACAAGGAUUGCCGUUAUGAUGGCCAUAUUGUCGAUCGCUUCGUCGACGCUGUCAAUCGACCCUUCAUCAAUACCCCUGUCCGUUCGCGAUCCGAGGGUCCCCUGAAGGAUCAGAGGGUCUAAUAGAAAGCACAGUCGAGAAAGACUGCA